CAUUACACCUCCGAACUCUGGGUACAGUAGUGUCCUGCUGCUUCGGCUCCUUUUUAUUUUUUACUUUAUACUUCAACGUACUUUUCCAGCUGUCUGCAGCAGGAUGGCCAGCGACUCUGCGGAACAACAAGUGGUAGUGGUGGAGAAUGUGGAGGUGGAGAAAGUGGAGGUUCAAGUUGUGAAGAGAAGCGGCGUUUUUACCGGUGUGCUUUACUACGUAUCUCGGUUCUGGCCGUUCAGCAUCAUGAUUCGUGCCUACCGAGGUUUCUGGUACAUGUUCGGGUUUCGACCUAAAAGCACCCCCGAAGUGCCCAUCCUGGGUUCCACUCCUGCCCGUCCGAGCCGCCAGGGCCUGAAGCGCCUCCGCCGGAUCACCCGCAUCAUCAUGGUCGUCCUGCCCCACCGCAUGCAGAGCGCCCUGGGCUACCCGGUCCCCGCCAACGUCGGCUGCUCCCUCUCCCCAGAGAUGCGGAUCUCACCCACAAAGCCAUGUGGGAAGGGCAACAAGAGGAAGCAGGAUGAGCUGGACGAGGAUGAGGAUGAGGACGAGGAAGGAGAUGAGCAGGAGCAGCCCACCUGGGUGGAGGCUUUCGCCAACGAGCUGGCCACGGACGAGGGCUCUGAAGAAGACCCAGACUACGAGGUGGCCCCUUCAAACCACCCUUUGACUUGGCAUUUAUACAUUAAGGAGCCCAGUGCGGUGGAGACGGAGAGCGACGAGUACUGCUCUCGUAAUGAGAGCGACACGGAGGAGGUCGACAAGCAGGGACUGGUCAUUAUUGAAGAACUGGCCAUUCCUCCUGCUGACGUAAGCCUCCCUGCCCUCUGAAUAACCUUUGCAUUGUUUGUUGUUUUUGUACUUGUUCAAUAAAUAUAAGUUCCUCUUA